GCAACUUCAAAAUAUCAAACGAACCUGUUUAUGGAGAAUGACUGAAGUAUCGAAACCAAAAGUUACAUUACGCGUACAGAGUAUAAACUUAUAACAAAGUAGUUUUGAAAAAGCAAAAUGUCGGAAGUACAAACCCAGGAGACAGGGAGUUUGGAGUCGACGGAAGAACUAUUCGAGUCCAAUCUUUUGUACGAGCUGCUACUUUCACAAAAGGAAGCUGCACGUUUUCUAGAGCUUGCUUACUUGGCACUUCGAGAAGAUCCGGAUAUUGCAAGACAGGUACGGAAUACCGCGAAUGAUGCUCAAAACCAACACUUAAGGACUCAUGGCCUCGUCAGAGAAUACCAGGGGACAGCUGUUCACGUUGUUAAAACAAUGCUUCCUCUCAUUGAGACGGGAAUAAAAAAAAGGAAGACUAUCCUGGUACAAAAGGGCUUGGAUAAAGUGUUGACAUACGUGGAUGACAUGGUAAAGAAAACCAAGGAAACUGUAAAUGAAUACUACAAGAUCAAGACUGCAGUGAAUGAUGAAAUAUCAAAUAUUGACGAAAAGAAUAGAAAUAUAAAAUUGAGAGGGAGUGAUAUAAAAGCUGAAAUGAAAGAUAAAGCACUCAACUUGGAAAAAGGGAAAAGGGACUUGACGGAUCUUCAGUCAAAGAUGAAAAGCAAAGAAGAGGAAAUCAAGAAGCUAAAAGUAAAACGGGAAGACUAUAUUGCAGAUUCCGUUCAAAAGUAUGGAAUAGGAGAUUCGUUUAAAGAAUUAUUUACGACGGGAAUGGCUACCCUUGGAUCAUGGUUAGGUGGCGCUCAAGCUAGUAAAGAGAUAUAUGAAGGUGCCAGAGCGGCAACAACUGCAAGAAAAGAGCAGGCGAGUAAGCAAGCUCUAAAUGCAAGUGAAAAAACAAAACAAGAUAUAGAAGAGGAACAAAAGAAAAUUGAGGAAAAUGAGAGAAGGAUAGCAAAGAUAAAAGAAGAGGCUGUAGAAAGCCUUGUUGUAAUGGAAAAACUAGCACUUGAAAGCGCGGAUCAAAUGAACGAAGAAUGUCUUAAACUGGCUGGCAAAGAGCUCGGAAAAGUCGCAUCACUGUUUGCAAAAAUAUUGCUUUUUUGGGAAGAUUUUGCAGCAAAACUAUCAGCAUUAUCAAAAAGCCAUGAUGGUGUGAAACUCUUCAUUGAGUUUAUUCACGAUCCGGAACUAGCCGAAGAUAUCGACGAGUCCGUGACACAUGUCAAAAAGGUGUGGAACUCUUUUGGCUAUAUGUGUACAUGCUACGUCGUUAAAAGUGAAAGUCAACUUCCAGAGCUAUAUGCCUUUAUGUCAAAUCCAGUUGACGAGAUGGACUUUACCGAGUGUAACAGAAGAAAACAAGAAGUUCUGGCACACCACAGGGCUGAUAUAAAACAGCUGGAGGAAAAGGUCAUGUGAAAUUCAGAGACAAAUUUGGUUGCAAAACUAAUACAAUUUACCUACAAAAAGGAUUGAUACUUUCCGGAUACUUUUGGAUUUUUUUGAUAAUUUGACGGCAAAAAGAUUGUAGCAAAAUAUUAUUACAGAGCAUUAUUUAAAGCCAUAAUUUUUACAAUAUAAAGACAGACGUAAAAUACAUUCGUAUAUUGGAAAAAAAGUAUCUGCGUCUUUUUUCGAUGUUUAGUUUAAUCAUAUAUACAUAUUAGACAGUAUUUUCGUGUCAUAUAUUAAAGGAACAGAAGACUUAUGAAACUCUUGCUAGUUUAUAUUUUAGAUGCUGGUAGAAACAAAUUUAUAACACUGGUAUAUUUGUAAGGUCUAUGUUGCAUUAAUAACGCCGUACUUUUUGUUUCUGUAUAUUUUCCGUGUAUCUAUAUGGCAUAACAUAUACCAUAGUUUGUAAAAUUGUUUCAAGUGCACAUUUUUGUAACAUGUGUACGGGUAGUUAUUUCUAUCAGUGGAAUUUCGUAAUUACUCACAUAUAUUAUUUAUUGUUCUCUUAUCUUCCUUACCACUUUGUCUAGUUUAAAUAAUUUCAUUCUCCAUAUAUAAUAUACUGAUCUCAUAGUUUGAUGCAUAUGUGUAACUCUUAGAAACUCUUAGAAGCAGAAAAAAAUGAUUUAUUGCUUCUUUUUUAGAAAAAUACAAUAAGCUGCUUUGUUGUUUUGUACACUUAGCAUUGUCUUUGUAAUUACUGGUUCAAUAUGGGUAUCAUUUUAUCAUUUUUUAGUAGUAUUCCUUACAAUAAUGGACACUACGAAUCUGCGAUUGUUGUUUAUUAUGAACAAUCUGGAAACACUUAUUCACGUACCUUUGCGUCGUUGUCCAUAAGUAACUGAAAUAAGGUUGUCCACGUGCUCCUAACGAAUUCCAGAGGAACAAUGCAGGCAACCUACCUCCUUGAUUCCAACCAAAUCGUUCAAGGUCAAUGAACUGGAACAGCUUUUAUUAAAUGACACGAUGCGAGAUUUCAUCUGAUUGUCUAAUAACAAAUGCUUUCUACUUGUUGAAAUGCGGACGAUUCAAACGUAGACAAAACUCAAUCACCUAAAAUAUACGGGUUGACUUGCAAUAUUGUUGAAAAAUGUUGGAAUUGCCGAUGGAAUGUCUUGUUUGUCCGCAUUUUAGUAACAGUUGCAUUUUACUUUAAUGUGCAAAGAAUUACCUGGUUUUGUAAACAAUUAUAGAAGUAC